UAAAAAAGGGAGCAACAAGGCUGGUAGAAGAAGCCAGAAAGAUUUCUGAGAAGCUUCAAGCUGCAGGGACCCCUCCUGACUGCACGUAGUGUAUUAAACAACCUCAUUUUGAGAAAAAGUGGAAUUCAAGUUCAACGUGGCAGCUGCUGGUCAAGACUCUGACUAUCUGCAGGGACAAAACCUCGACUGACCAAACAACACAAUGGCUCAUUAUGACUCGUUGGAUGACAAGGACUCAGUGGAUAUUCAUGACAACCCACCCCUCCCUGAUAAUGUGGUGAAAGAGGAGGACAACACGGUGUAUUUCAUCUAUGAUGAGGAGGUAGAGGAGGAAGACAAAGAUGAGCCACUUCCUGCAGAACCAGUCAAACCAGUCAAUGACAGACCUCACAAGUUCAAGGACCACUACUGCAAGAAACCAAAGUUUUGCGACGUCUGUGCACGCAUGAUAGUUUUAAACAACAAGUUUGCAUUAAGAUGUAAGAACUGCAAAACCAGCAUCCACCACCAAUGUCAGUCCUACGUUGAGUUCCAGAGGUGUUUCGGCAAAAUUCCUCCAGGAUUCAGAAGAGCCUACAGCUCUCCUCUCUACAGCAGUCAGCAGAAUGCCACAGUGUCACAGCUGCUGCCCUUUUCACAGUCAAACCGCACUGACCCCGUGUUUGAGACGCUGCGUAUUGGUGUGAUCAUGGCCAACAAGGAGCGUAAAAAAGGGUCAGAGGACAAGAAGAAUAUGAUGAUGAUGGAGGAUGAUGAGUCCCAGCCCAAACAGGAGGAUGAAGGAGGUCAAGGAGCAAACACAGAAGGAGACAAAAGAGGAGACAAGGCUCCUGCUGAUGACAAGAGUAAAAAACUUCAGCCAGGGAAGAUUGGCGUGUUCAGCCAGUCUCACUACUACCUGGCUCUGUACCGCUUCAAAGCCAUAGAGAAAGACGACCUGGACGUUCAUGCUGGUGACCGCAUCACAGUGAUCGAUGACUCUAAUGAAGAAUGGUGGAGGGGGAAGAUCAGAGAGAGGACAGGUUUCAUACCUGCCAACUACAUCAUCCGAGUGCGAUCGGGAGAGAGGGUCUACAAGGUGACUCGCUCCUUUGUUGGCAACAGAGAGAUGGGACAAAUCACUCUGAAGAAAGACCAGAUUGUGGUGAAGAAGGGUGAGGAGGUAAACGGCUACCUGAAGGUCAGCACAGGACGGAAGCUUGGCUUCUUCCCCGCCGACCUGCUACAGGAGAUCUGAGGAGGACCAGCAAGUGUCCACCGAGUGUUCAUUAAAUGCUGCAGCUGGAAUAACAAAUUUCAAUUACAACACAUGUUGGUAUUUACUUUUGUCUGUUUGUAAACGUCAUACAUGUCCCAACAAGACAUGUAUGCAGGAUGUAAUGUGAUGAAUUUACUAGGUGUGCCUCUACACACCUAGUAAAUUAUAAGCACCAAGUCCACAGAAACUAAGCAGUAGGACUGCACAGUAUGCAAGUUACCUCAGCGGUUUUAUUUUUUAGGCACAUUUUGUGUGUCUGAUGUUGUCUAAUAACUGAUAGCAUUGCUAAAUUACAGCAUACACUGUGUAUUAAGCAUACAUUUGUGAUUAAAGUUAUAGGAAGGUUUGGAAAUAAUGUAACCUUGUCCUGUAGGCCUGUUACUUGUCUCUGUGUUACUGAGCACUUCCCAGAAAAAUAGGAAGUUUGCUUGGUUGGAUUCAUCUUAUGUUAAACUUAACAUAACAUCUAUGGGCUGCUGGUCUUAUGUACCAAAAAUAUUCAGCAUAGUACUGGAAGUGUAAAAUAAUAAUCUGUCACUCCUCUUAAACUUUAAAUUAAUUGUAUGGACAGCAUGUGUUAUUUCCUUUGCCAUUAAGAGACAUGUUUUUAUUUAUCACUUCAGCUUGAAUGCUGUCUCUUAUCACCUGUUUGUAGCAUGUUGCACACUCAGUCACUUAGACUGUAGAUCCCAUACAUUAUACACUGGUUAGAUAUAAUCAAACUUGUCAGCAUGUGUGUGUGUCUUUGCAUUAGUUGCCCUCACAUGAACAAAUAGAUGAAGAUUAUUUGAGUGUGUUUGAUUAUACAGACUUAAGUGUGUGUCAGAAGAACAGAGAAAAUUGAGGUGAAUCUGUGAAAAAGAUGCAGAAUUUGUUAUCGCUUGGUAAUUGGUGUCAUUUAUAGAGAAGUGAAAAAUGCUUUCAUUUCCUCACGUGUCAUUCAAAAGAGUUGGAGGCAUUUCCACAACUUCAAAAGGAUGCAGAGCUAUUUUCUGUAGCUGCCCUGAGUGCAGUUUAAUUAGCCUUAGAAACUCUGUGGGGAUGGUUUGCUGUGUAAAGGGACAGCUCAGAGAUCAGAAAUGCAGUAAUCAGCAUCAGUAUGUCCAAAGAGACAUUCCUUUAGUGACACCAGGCCUGAAUAACAUGGCACCUACACUGGCAGACACAGGUUUGCUUUGUGUUUUCACAUACAUCUCUCUUUUGUUACCUUUUCAUCUGGCUUCCUGACUGUUGCUAAUUCAAUAAAUCCUUUCUUUAAUUCUUGUGUUUUUGCCCUUUCUCUAUUUGUUUUUCUUGAUUAGAUUGAUUUUCUCAUUCAUUAACUCUUUGUUUCUGUUUGUGUCUUUUCCUCCCUGGUUUCGUCAUUCUUGCACACUGAACGACCACA